GUACUUGUGCUGAGAAGUGACAAGGAUGGAGACUUAUAAAGGCAUAACCCGUGUAAACGGGUGCUUGCUCUGUCACCUUCUUGGCUCGAUUAUAUUAUUUUUAACGUAAACAAAGAGUCAGGAUUCCAGCCUGACACCUUUAACAAUAACAAGGUAGGAAACUGAAUAGUCGUUCGAGUCACGGCUGGUACUUUUAUUGGAAGCGAAAUCGACCCAUAUCUAUUCAAGGCUUCUCUACACUCUUCCGACGCAGAACACAGAGCUUUAUCCCAAAGCGAGUCUCGCAUGUUAUAACGCAGUACAAACUUCUCUUCAGUAAUGUCAAUACCUAGAGUGAAUCCUUUCAUAAAUAUUACUGCAGGCUUUGUCAGUCAAAUUGCCGCUUUGUACAAGAGUCCCUCUAUCGUACGGCGUUAUUGAUUGGCGGUAAGUAACCUUGUUUAUGCUUGAUAUCCAAGGGAACAGCCAAUGAGCGCUGUGCUUUCAACCAUGGCACGUGUGAGCGCAGACAAGUGGUUGAGCAAGCAUUCUCGAUCUUAAGAAGAUGACAAUAGCGGUGCGGUGUAGAUUGGUAUCCCUUCUCGCACGCAAAGCCUUCCGCAUUGUCGCGGUUUACUGAAGCACGGAGUAACAAUGAAAGGGCCCCAUUCGAGACCAACUCACAGUCAGCAUACCAUGGCGGGUUGUUUGGCUGGUUAACAACAGUUGCUACGGACUUGCUGUUUUCCUAAAUCUCGUGAAUAACACACAACAACAUCGGUCAGGUAUAAUGCCUUAUCAAUCUAACUCGCACACUCAUACAGUUGCAUCGCGAGUUCACCUCGAGUAAUUUUCUUGACCCCCUCCCACUCCACGAAGAUCCACACAUGGUAUUGGAAUACCAUAACUUUCAUUGGAAUAUACUAUUAAUGUGUUAAGAACGAAUUAACACUGUUGCAGUUUUUGCGGAAAUACUUUAUUGAAAAUUAUUUUUAGAUAAUUUUUACCAGCGAUAUACUUUACAUCAUCGAGAGAUACUUGGCCUCGUUUAACAGGCUUUCGUUGUAGGAUUCAUAACAAAUUUAUACACCAACCACUGACCAAGAUCUAUUUCAUCGUGGUUUGAGCUUUCUCAUUGGAUACUGCAGGCAGUACCGACAAAGAUGAUUCGGUUACGAUUGAUAGUGGUGGUGUCCAUGAUGAUGUACACAGCCAAUCAUUGUAAUGGGCAGCAGGCCUUUUCCAUCCAGCCCGAAGCGACGUUUGACCUUAACAUCGGCGACUCUGUUUUAAUGUUGUGCUCCGUAACGGACAAGGAAGGGGUUGUCACAUGGGUCAAGGACGGAACCACGGCACUCUCCAACGAGCGAACCAUCAUCAGUUCAGAGAAUGAAGCUAGGUUUGCUGUCACAGGAGACGAUCCCAGCGGGAGCUUCAAUCUUCAAAUAACGGAUCUGGUUGAAAGCGACUCGGGGAUUUACCAAUGUCGAGUAUCAGCAUCAGGCUCAAGCGAAGCCCUUACGUCGACGGAUGCCCAGCUUACAGUCACACCGAUUCCUGUCCAGACAUUUACUUCACAACCCACUGAAGCACAGGGCAUCAUUGGUAAUGCUGUCACACUACCAUGCGUCGUCGAAAACAAGGAGGGCAACCUGGAGUGGCUUAAAGAUGGCACCGCUAUCAGCAACGACUCGGAGAUUACAGACACGAGUCUCACUCGUUACAACAUCGUCGGUUCUGCAUCUGCUGGCGAGUACAACCUCCAGAUUGUUACUCUUGAGAACGCUGACAUGGGGACGUACGUAUGCCGCGUUGCUGCCGCCGGUAACAGUCCCGCUAUCACGUCAACAGAAGCCGUUCUGACUAUUCGGGAUUCCAGCGAGAUACAGAGUAUUGUGAUCCCACCCUCGGCUACUUCAGCUACUGUAGGUACAUCAGCUUCCAUGGUGUGUUACGUGUCAGCUAAAGCAGGGUCUGUGCUUUGGAUCAAAGAUGGUGUCCAGAUCAGCAGGGACAGGGAUCUAGUCAACGGGGAUUCUAGCGGGCGCAUUACCAUUGCAGGAACCGACGAGGAGGGCUUGUAUGAACUUCGAUUUAGCACAGUUGAGGAGGACGACGAAGGUGUCUAUUUCUGUGUUAUCACAGCAGAGGGUGAUCAAGCAGCCGUUUCAUCAUCUCCGGCUAGUUUCACUGUAACAGCUGCUAUUGAACCGAACACCGCCUCCCCAGAAUGCUCCUUGACACCCGCAAGUAUCCUCAGCGAGGGCGAUGUGGUAACAAUCAAAUGCGAGUCCACAGGUGGUUCCCCUCAACCAACAUUGACCUGGUCAAACGAUCUCGAUCCUAACGCUUUCUCUGGAAACCAAACGGACGAGGAAUCAAGUGCAUCCAACUCGAUCACCUUCUCGCUUACCAAGGAGCUAAGCGGUGUCGUAUAUACCUGCAGAUCCACGCAUCCGGCGUAUAGCGAACCAAAGGAAUGUUCGCUGCCUGCACUCUCUUUUGACUUGAUUGCAACAAUCAAUGUUACCGCCCAAACGACUCGACUGACCAUCGAGGAGGAUAAACCUGGAGAAAUCAUAUGCAGUGCUUCAGGAGACCCGGUUGUCCUAGGGUACAGAUGGUAUUACAAUGGAGCUGAGAUAGAGGCCACCGAUGACAGGUUUGUAAUUGAAACAACCAAUGGCAAGGACGCUUCUACGCUGACCAUAUCAAGUGCCACUCUCAGCAUGGACGAUUCCACAGUACAGUGCGAGGCCUACAACCGUAUUGACCAAAGGCGUACGAGUAUUGUCCUGACUAUCAAAGAGGAUAACUUGACGACAUACGUGCUUGCUGCCCUCGGUCUCAUUGCAACGAUCAUCUUUGUGGCCAUCGUUAUCGGUUUUAUUGUCUGGGUCUGUCACCGAAUGAAUAAGAAAAAACGAACAAUUCAUCCAGAUCCUGAAGCCGGUGGAAUGACUAAAGGAAUCCCCAACAGGAACUUCUUCAUCGGAGCCACCCACAUGGAUGGCCUACCAAACGGUGACAUCAAAGCAGAAGUUACUGACGAAAAGAAGAAGCACAAGAAACACAGGAAGCACAAGAAGGACAAGAAAGACAAGAAGGAUAAGAAGCACAAGAAGGACAAGUCAAAGGUCCUAGAGCACGACUCUACAAGGGCACCCAACCCGCUCAGUACACGAGAUGGUGAUCAUGAUGUCCUGCCAACCAUUACUGGCUACAGGAGACCUGGUACAAAUAGUCGUGACCCCGGUGUCUACCCGACAUACCCUCCUAUGUACCCAAUCGAUGGACACUCGCCACUUCCUCACUAUCAAGAUGGCUACCCUGCGGCUGAUCCUGACUCAGCUCCUAGGUCAAGUCGAAGAGAUUCCAAGGACAAGUCGGGUCAAAAUGGAAAGAUCUCGCUGUCUCCAGGAGAGUACCAGAAGAGAGACGAAUACGAGAGGAAAUUAAGAGAACUUCAAGGGCUCAGGUCGGAUCUAGCUGCGCCUGAGCCAGAGAAAAAGAAGAAGAAGCACAAGAAGCACAAGAAAGAUAAAUCUUAGGAGGCAUCAACAUGAGCAGAGCAAAUGAAAGCAACACAUUUGCCGGGAGGUUCAAGGACCAAGUCACAUUCUUGCCAUGUUUGAUAUCAAUCCGCAAUCAAAGACUGGGACUGCUUUCUGAGUCGUGACGUCAAGGCAAACCAUCAGGCGAGUGAAAAGAGAGGACGGUAUUGGAUUCGUUAAUGUCACCCGCCAUUAAAUGGAUGGGUCGAUGUUGAGACUGAACCAAGCGAUACGAAGAGUUCUGGAUCCAAAGUAGUCGAACAUUUGUGGAUUUUGGGUGUCCGCGGACUGUUUGAAUGGCGGAGAGGACAAGCAAUAUAAUGACAUUAGCUACAAGCGUGCCUUAUUGAGAAGUAUUUCAUAAGCCUGAUAAAACCAAUUGGACAUCAGACAAUAGAGGUCUAUCACAAUAUCUGGCAACACUAAUUUAAUUUUAGCGGUUGUGUCAGAUAAGUAUUUUGACCAUUGUCUUUUAAUCAUGUGCACACGCGAUUGUACCUGUGUCGUUGUCAUUUAUUUGAUGUAAGAUAUAAGAGCAGCGUGCUAGUUUAUUAAAUACAAUGCUCAUUGGCAGGAUGUUCUGCCGGAAUCAAACCCGGACAUUUAUCGGGUAGCCAAUUGCCUUAGAAGUCGGCUACGUGCUUAAUCAUUGUAAUAUCUGGAUUGACAACUGUGCCCGGCUCCACUCACUUGAACUUGGGACAUUAUCUGUUUUUUCUGUUAUCGUACAUCCUUUAAAUGACAACGUUUUAGGCAUUGAUAAUAGUUUUCGCACAUGGACGCAGGACGAAUUUAAGAACACAGUAAAUAUAUUGAAAAUGCAAGUCAAAUCACAUGAACAUCUGGGGAGUCUUUGUCGUCAGUUGGUGAACCGGAACGGCAGUUUCGUUCCAAGUUUCGGAGCUAACGAAAAAAAUUCAAAUAUGUCAAUUGUUAAGAGUCCAGGAUAAAACCGCUGUUUUGAUUCGCCAAUUUUCGGCAAAGACUUGUUGGUUGCUCGUUGGCAUGAAGGAAAUCUUACAAAACAUUUUUUUAAAUGUUCGUUAAAGCGUUCUGCGUGCAUGUAAGUUUUAAACCAAUAAGCUGUAGAUAAGCUAUUCAACUCGUCUCUUUUAAAAUUGUUUCUUAGAUGUCAUAUAUUGGACAUGACAUAUUGUACCAUAUUUCACGAGGGGCCAACUUAGGAGUUUGAUUUUCAGAGUUUAGUUUGUUACCUUGGCAAUACUUUUUUGUUAAAUUCUACAAAAAAGUGAUGUUUCAAAGUUCAGUCUUUCGAUUUUGUAAUAAUUUUUAUAUCAAAUUUAUGUUGGUUUCAACUCAGAACUUUUGCAGUUUUUGAUGUUUGCAUUUAACAUGAAUCACCUUGUGAAACUAAUCUUUGAUUGGGAAAAAUAUAUAGAUUUGCAUAAUAAUAAUAAUAAUAAUAAUAUAGGGUAUUUAUAUUGCGCACAUAUCCACCUUGUUAGGUGCUCAAGGCGCUCCUAUAUUACCCGGCUAAGCUAGGCGUUCAUAGCGCACACAGCUUUGUAAGGAAUUACUUCCUACCGGUACCCAUUUACCUCACCUGGGUUGAGUGCAGCACAUUGUGGAUCAGUUUCUUGCUGAAGGAAAUUACGCCAUGGCUGGGAUUCGAACCCACGACCUUCUGUUUCAAAGUCCGAAGACUAAUCCACUGGGCCACAACGCUCCAUGUCUGAAUAUUCAUAAUUGAGGGGUGUUGAAUUGAUGAUAAGACAUAUUUAUUGUAGAAAUAAUAGCACAUCGGAGCAGGGGAAUUUAUCUAAAAUAGAGGCUUUGAUCUCUCUAAAAACCACCAUGUUUUAUAUUGUUACUUAUUAUUUAGCUUUUAUCUAUUUCAUCAACCAACUUUUUCAGUUUUAUCAUCUAAAAUAUAAAUUCAUUCAAUUAUGUUUUUGGAAUUUUAAUGAAAUAAAUAUUGAGAAAUCAAUAGUUUUGUGAUGUCAGCAAUAUACGAGUCUGGAUAUAAAUGAUCAAAAUUGAAAUAUGUAAAUUGAUAUUAUGAAAUGUGUUAAUUAAAUAUGAAUGCAACUAUUAUAAAUCAUAAA